UGGUGGGACUUUUACUGGAACAACCAAUAAACGAUUAUUUUAGGUAUUCGAAAAGAUGGCUGCGUUGCCGUCUCCAACUCAGGUCUCUGGGCCCAACAAUGCAAUAUAUGAAGCCUAUUAUAAUGUGGUUGAUCCUAAAGGAUUUGGGUCAAUUGGGGGAUUGGAAGCGGCAAGGUUCCUUAAAAAAUCCGGAUUAAGUGAUGUUAUGUUGUCAAAAAUAUGGGACCUUUCUGAUCCAGGUGGAAGGGGCAGUCUGGACAAGGCAGGGAUGUUCGUAGCAUUAAAACUAGUAGCCCUAGUACAAAAUGGCAAAGAUUUAUCUAUAAAAAAUGUUAAUUUGGAUGUGCCUCCACCAAAAAUGGGAGAUGUACCAUUACCAAAACCUGUAAAACCACCACCACCAAGCAAUUCACCCCUUAUUACAUCACUACCUCCUUCAGCAGUUGAUUGGACUGUAAAACCUUCAGAAAGAGAAAAUUAUAAUAAACUGUUUGAGUCUUUGCAACCCUUAAAUGGACUUAUUCCAGGAAAUAAAGUUAAACAUGUUCUUAUGGAAUCGAAACUACCCUUUGAUACAUUGGGUAAAAUUUGGGACUUAGCAGAUCAAGAUAAGGAUGGAAUGUUGGAUAGAAACGAAUUUAUUAUUGCUAUGCACUUGGUUUACAAGGCUCUAGAAAAACACGCUAUUCCCAACACACUUCCGCCGGAACUUAUGCCUCCAGCAAAAAGAAAAAAUUCAAUUUUACGUGGCGGCGGCGGUUUAGACGGCAUGAAACCGGACCUUCCGCCUCCUGUUGUCACUGGUCAACCGCUAAUUGCUGCUCCGCCUCUGCAACCACCAUCCAGUGGCGUGGUCACCGCCACCGUUAAACCUGUAGUCCAACAACAGGCUCCACCUCAGCCACCUUGGGUGGUAAGUGCAGAAGAAAAGGCAAAAUCAGAUACUCUCUUCAUAAAAAGCGACAUUGAUAAAGACGGUUUUGUAUCUGGAGGUGAAAUAAAAGAUGUAUUUUUGCAAUCUGGGGUUCCUCAGCCUGUUUUGGCGCAUAUUUGGUUUUUAUGUGAUAUUAAACAAAGCGGCAAACUAAAUAAUGAACAAUUUGCAUUGGCCAUGUGGUUUGUGGCAAGAUAUUUAAAAGGCAUCGAACCUCCAGCACAACUUGCUCCUGAAAUGAUUCCACCUACCUUUAGAACCAACAAGCCUACAGAAGGAUUAGUGGAGAAUAAUAAUACACGCUACUCGAACCCUGAGUUAGACAUGAUCAGCAAAGAUAUAGAAGAACUUGCACGAGAAAAACUAGCCUUGGAAACUGAUAUUGCACAAAAGGAAGCCGAUAUUAAAAUUAAAAGUGGGGAAAUUAAAAAUUUACAGAGCGAAUUGGAUACAUUAGCAGCAACUCUAAAGCAACUGGAAAACCAAAAAGGGGAGGCCCAAAAAAGACUUAAUGAUCUUAAAGCCCAGGUUGACAAAUUAAGAAUCCAGGCUUCAGAACAGGCAGAGUUAGUUGCUUCACAAGAGUCUGAAUUAAACAGUAAAAAGGAGCAACUCGAAGGGCUCAGAAUGGAAGAGCAAAGAUUGGAACAGCAAAAAAUUGAGAGCUCCAAAAAAUUAGAACAUCUCACUGGUAAUUUACAGGACAGUCAACUGAACAUCAGCAAAGCUAAAAACUUGAUAUCAGAAUUACAAGAACACACCAGACAAAUGACGGACGCCAUUCAGGCAUGCGACACAGCCAUUGAAACCGGUGACGUUAUUUCACUUCCAGAUACUGCUCUGAGGAUUGCACCUGAUUUUAGAAGCUCAAAGUUUAGCUCUAUCAUCAUGGCAAAUGGAGUAUCAAACAAACAGAAUGGUUUUGAUAGCGACCCAUUUAGCAGUCAAAAUGGACCGACAGGGUUCACAGCUGAUUUCAACAAUGAUCAUUUUAAAAGUAAAGAUGCCUUCUCCAAUGAUCCAUUUAAUGAUGCCUUCGCAAAAUCAACCAAUGAUGGAUUUACCGCAGAUCCCUUUGGUGGAUCAUUUAAUGCAUUUGAUUCGAAUAAAACUCCAGAAGCACCAGCUCAAGAAUCUGAAAAAGAUCCGUUCGGUUGCGACCCGUUUGCGAUCCUGCACGCACCCACCAGAGACGGUUCGGCGACUGCGCCAGGCCGACCAACCAGUCCCAGUCCGGCGUUGCCGCCGAAAAGCAAAAGCAAGCAGCCGCCGCCGCGUCCUGCCCCGCCACGUCCGAUGGCACCGCCUGGCAAGCGAUCCUCGCAACCCGACGCUUUUGGCGCCGAUCCCUUUUCAGGUAGCGGGGGCGGUGGAUUUGCAGACUUUAGCAAUUUCGAUGCCAAGUUCUCCAGUAAUAAUCCGACAACGACCCUCACGACGACGACGACAGCAGCGCCAGCGGCAAAACCGAAAGGACUGGACUUUACCGACGACCCGUUCAGAGACUACCGAUACGAGGACCCUUUCAACAUCUGCUUCGACGAGGAAGAAUCGACGCAGCAAAACAAUCAACAAAAUUCCGGCAACAAUUUUGAUCCGUUCGGUCUCGCCGACGGCCGCCAGAGCGCGCCACUGGCGACGUCAGACCGCCCGACAGCAUCGGACGGUCGCAAGUCGGCGCCGGUCGGCGAAGGAAUGUCCGAGGCGCAGCAGUUGGCCUGGGCGGCUAAGGAAAGCAUGCGAUUGGAGGACGACCGGAAACAGAGGAGGCUGCAAGAACAAGCCGACUACGAGUUCGCGUUAAGUUUAAGUAAGCAGGAAAGUAAGUAGAUUGUCCCGUUUGCGCUUCUUUGACUCUACACAUAUCAUUUGGUUGGUUUUACUAAACAGUAAAGUGGUUACCAAGUUUAUUUUUCGUUAAAACAUGUUUAAUCGGUCGUCGUUAAUGGCUCAGGCCGACAUUAUUUUAAAUCAGAUAUUAGACUAUACUCUUUUGAAGGAGAAGAUGUGACAUGAUGAGACAAUUCCGGUAUAGAAAUGGGUUAAACUUUGUCGCCCUGUUUCUUUUUGAAAUUCAUAUUUAUUAUAAAAUGUAUAUGUUUUGUUAUUACUGAAGAUCUUAAAAACAAACCUAAAAAUAAGAUUAAAUCAGUAUGUGUUGCUUUGGACAAUGUUUGUACUAAAUAACCAAAAUGAAUGUUUAAACAUUUAAUACUUAAACACUCAAGCAAUAAGUUGUUUUCAAGCAAAUAACUUAUAAACUUGUUUUAUAAUAUUGUUACAUUUAAAUUCUGCAAUACAAUUUAAGAAACGAGCAAUGUCAUACAUCUUCCGAUUUAAAAUAUUUAAUACAUUAAAUACAUAAUACUCCAACAUGUAAAUUGUAUUUGUUAAACUGGCACAUUAAUAUGCAGGGUGUUUUACUGGUUACAAUUACGAUGAUUAUUAAUAUUUAUAUCUUAGAUGUUAAGUACAACAAAACACCCUGUAGUCCAAAGAAUUUUAUAUGUUAAACUAUGCGUAUCUCAUGUUUUGGCUUUGAUUGUGUUGGUCGACUUUGUCCCUUAAAACUAAAUUAAAUAGUAUUUAUUCUUAUUUCCCUACAAAAAAAUGUUAUUGUUAAAGGGGCAAAGUCUUUAAUUACAAAAUCAGGAAUAAGCCAAUUUUGUGAUUUUAUAAACAUGGACUCUACAUACAUAGAUAGCGAAAAUUAUAAUAUAACAGUAUUUAUCAUAGAUAUUACAUAUGAAAAUUAUACAUUUUAUUUUUAUUUUGAUGUUUAUUUUGUUCAAGUUGAAAUAUGUUUUAGUCAUGUACAUAAUAUGUUAUAUACUUGUAUUAAAUCUGUUAUAAUUUUUUUUAUUUUGUUUUCUUUUUCUUUUUCCUUUUUUAUUAUUUAGGUUUUUUUAAUAAAUCGUA